GAGCGAGCUGGUUCUAAAUGCCCCAGAGAAAGCAAAGGUCACUGAACACUGAUGCUCAUUCCUGGAGGUUAUUUUUGGCCACUGGCUUCUACCUUCUACUCCAGUAAAACCAUUGCUCGAGUUUAACGAGUUACAAAAUCAAUUGUUUUAAAAUUGUUGAUGUUGGAUGUUUCACUGCAGAACACUGCUCUCUUUUAUAAGGAAAAUACAAAGGAAAAUGUGAGGUUUAACUGUUCAGAUAAUUACACAGUUCAGGGAUCUUGCUGUUACCCUAAAUGUAUUGCUUUUGGUUUUUUUGCACAUAAAAUUUUUUUUAGAUUGUUAAAAUUUCCUACAAAGCUUUCUUCAUAGACACUUGUCUCUGCUACAGUUGGAAACAAAAGAAACAAUUGGUUCCUUGAACUUCCUACUUUGUCAGAGUAUAUGGUUAAUUCUCUGAUGUCUUUAAAUUUAAGAGAAGUCGUGGAUAAUGCCUGGCUUCCACCUUUAACAUUCCACGUGAGCGUCUGGGAGUGGGGAGGGAGGGCAGCAGUGUGAUUGACGGAGGUCUUAAGUUUUUAUGCUGAGUACUGUCAAAUUAAUUGAACUCAGAAUGCCUAGAUGGGGGAGUUGGAACGCAAUUUGUGGCUUCUGGCUUUACUAGUAAUCAGUAUUUUAUGUAUAUGUCAUAUGUGUUCACUGUGUGUUUUUCUUGGUGUGUGUUUCAGCUCGUGGGGAGAUUUCCUUUUGGACACCAUUUCAGGGCUUGUGUUUGAUACUGCGAAGGAAGAUCUGGAGUUACGGGCUGGUCUACCCCGGCAGCUGCUCCUGGUGGAAACCACAGCUGUUGCAAGAAGAAGAGUAAGUGGCUUUCUGAGGAUGCUUGCAGACAAGCUGGAGGGCACCAAAGAGCUGCUUUCAGCAGACAUGAAGAAGGAUUUCAUUAUGAACAGACUCCCACCUUACUGUGUGGGAGACGGAGCAGAGCUGUCAACGCCAGGUGGACAGCUACCGAGGUUGGACAGCACAGUGAGACUGCAGUUUAAAGACCACAUCGUCCUCACUCUGGGGCCAGAUCAGGAUCGCUCGGAUGAAACUCGAGAAAAGAUGAUUUACAUCUAUCAUUCCUUAAAGAAUAGGAGAGAGACGCACAUGAUGGGCAAUGAGGAAACAGAGUUUAUCCUUUUUCAGUCUCACGGACUUCGCUUUCCUUUAUCACAUAUGGAUGCACUGAAGCAAAUUUGGAACAGUACAGCUAUUUCUGUCAAGGACCUGAAGCUUACUACAGAUGAGGAAAAGGAGAGCCUGGCAUUGUCCCUCUGGACAGAGUGUUUAAUCCAGGUAGUCUAGCGCCUUCACAGAGUCAGGUGUCUGCUGUUUAUGUGCACAUGUGAAAAGAAAAGCUAGGUUGAUGUGCUGGGGAGUCCUGUUGCUUUGAGUCAACACAUUGGGUAGGAGGGACGGUUGUAUACAACUUUCCUUACCUGUGUAUCUGAUAACAUGACCUACCUGUUACAGGUGGUCAGUUGGCCAUGUGUAUUAACAGAGGCACAUGGAGGAAAGAAUGGCAAGUUACUAAGUGUCCCAGAAAGUGACAAAACCAUACUUUAAGACAAGUUUAUUUAAUCCAGUCUGGUAGAAAAGGCACAAUUCCAAUAAAUGUAUCAUUUAAAUUUAAA